AUGCCUACCGAUAAUAGUGACAACAAAAAUAGUGAGAAUAAUCUAAUUUACAAUAUAAGUGAUCUCAAAGAACUUAUAGCUCUCAAAUUUAGAGAAUAUAAAGAACUAGAUACCAAUAUUAGUUUUUCAAUAAUUGUAGAAAUUGAAAAUGAAAUGGUAGAUCAAGAAAUUUUAUCUUUGGAAUCUGAUCAAGAUAUAAAAAAUAAAAAAUUUUGCACUCUAGCAAAAACGUUGCUCGUACCUAUCCAAGAGGGAUACAGAUACUAUUGGAAAAUUCAAAAUUUGUACCUUAAUAUACAAGACAGUUAA